AUGGGUUUAAGGUACACAUCCUACAUCGACCAUCCUAAGAAUAAGCACACGAAAUUUGUAACGUACGGGUGUUGUAAUUGCAGGACGCAUCUGAGCUCGUCGGCACAGGUCAUGUCGAAAGACUAUCGUGGAACCACAGGCGAUGCGUACCUAAUGAACCGGGUUGUGAAUGUUGUAGAGGGCAGUCGUGAAACAAGAUGUAUGCUCACAGGGUGCUACGUUGUGUGCGACAUAAAGUGUCAUAUGUGCAAGAAUCUGGUGGGCUGGAAAUACGUGGAGAGCGAAAGGAAAGAUCAGCGAUACAAGGAGGGCAAAUUCAUACUGGAGCUGCAGACCAUAUGCAAGGUUCAUUAG